GGUGGGAUUAGACCCUUUGGUUCCAGCAUAAGUAUGGAAUCACUGCACUGUUAGACUGGAGAUCUUGCUUUGCCUGCCAGACCAGUCUCCAGUUCCCUGUACUAUUGCUGAUGGAGUACAAGUCCCAAGGAGAAAAUGAUGGUUGCAGAUUCUGGUUAGUAUAGCAGCUCAUGUGCAGUCAUUGAUUAUUCAACUGAUUUCUUCUAAACCCCACAACAUUACUCUGCAUUUGGAAGGCUCACAGCUCUCUGUCCCUGUGUCCAGAGUUUCGGUAAAUAACCACAAUCAUGAACUAGAAAAGGAUUGAAAUUGAAUUUAUGUAGACUAUUUGUAUCUAUUUUUCUUUGACAACUUAAAGAAAAUUGCUAUUUUUCUUUUUUAGUUCAUCCAGUGUUUUCAUGUUGUUAUAGUUACUGACCAAGUUAUAGUCUCUGUGGCCCUCUACUUCCUAACUGGUGGUAAAAUUCUUGAUAUUCUCAUGAAGUAGCAUUUCUUCCUCCUUUCUGUGGGAAGAAACUAUAGGAAGUGGGACCUAGCUAAAGGGAAUGGGUUCCUGGGACAUGUUCUUGGGGUCUAUAUACUGUCCCUGGCCCCUUUCUAUUUCCUAGCUGCCAUAAGUUAAUUGGUUUUUAUUUGCCAUGCUCUUCUGCCAUGUUGUACUGCUUCACCACUGGCCCAGAAACAAUGGAACCAGCCAGCCAUGAACUGAAAUGUCUGAAACUGAGGAGGAGGAGCAGCCUGAAGAUAAAGAUGAAAAUCCCUUAUUAUCAGAGAACCCAUCAGAGGUAGAGACUGACAUUUUGGCUGAGACACAGAAAACGGACGAUACUGAAGCUCCAGUGAUCCAGGAUGAGAUCUCCGAAGAAGAUAAGGCAGUUAUAAAGAUCCAGUCUUGGUGGCGGGGCACACUGGUGCGUAGGACACUGCUACACGCUGCCCUCAGGGCCUGGGUCAUUCAGUGCUGGUGGAGGCUGAUGCAAGCAAAAUUUGCAGAGAAGAGGCUCCGGGUGACACUUGAUAGAUUUUCACGGGAGGAGUGGGCAGCAGUCAGACUGCAGUCCUGGGCCCGCAUGUGGCGCAUCCGUCAGUGCUACUGCCAGGUGCUCAAUGCUGUUCGUAUCAUCCAGGCCUACUGGAGGUGCCACACCUGUGCUUCCCGGGGUCUCAUCAAAGGCCAAUACCGAGUCACAGCCAGCCAGCUGCAUCUCGAGUUGGAGAUCCUGCUGGGCUCAGGGCCCUGUGUUGUGACAGAGUGUAUUCCCCUCCCAAUAAAGCAGUGA